AUGAAGACAUCUCGUCUGUUCCAGCUGGUAUCAGUCAUCCUCCUCCUUGCUCCACUGUUGACCAGCUGCCAGAAGUUUGGCCAACCUGUGGACUGCAGUGAGAUCCAUCACCAUGACAACACCCAAUCCAGUGGCGUGUACUGCAUCUAUCCUGCUGGAGACAGGUCUGCUGUCCUGGUGUACUGUGACAUGGAGUCAUUUGGAGGAGGGUGGACGGGGUUCCAGAGGAGGAUGGACGGCUCGGUUAACUUCUACAGGCCCUGGGAUCAAUACAAGGUCGGCUUUGGUAACGCUGCUGGAGAGCACUGGCUAGGUCUUGACAACAUCCACUACCUAACAAACCACCAAAAUUAUGAGCUGCUGGUGGACAUGGAGGACUUUGAGGGAGCAACUGUGUCGGCUCGGUACACUUCGUUCUCCGUUGGUGCAGAAUGUCACGGAUACAAACUCAGUGUGUCUGGGUUCAUCGAUGGGGGGGCAGGAAACGCCCUGAGUCAUCACAAUGGACGAAAGUUUUCCACCCUAGACAAAGACCAGGACAACUCGCCCCACCACUGUGCCAGAUUAUACCUGGGGGCCUUCUGGUACGGUAGUUGUCACAAAACAAACCCCAACGGGGUUUACCGUUGGGGGGCUGAUGGCACUAUCUAUGGUGUUGGAGUGGACUGGAAGUUUUGGAAGGGUUAUGACUACUCCCUGAAGACCAUCAGCAUGAAAAUCCGUCCUGUGCAUUAAUUCUCCAGGACCAAUUUACAGCAGAAUAUCAGCUGAUGAUCUCUUGUGAUUUCUUUCUCUUUCUCUCAUUAAAUAAUACAUCUAAAAUUUGAUUAUGCUGUCUGUGGUGGCUCAAAUCAGAUUGUAGAAAAUCAUAAAAAUUGCAGUAAGGACAAAUAAUUAUGCACUGGUAUUCGUAGUUAUUCCACAGAAUAAAGAGAAUAAGCUGUUGCUGCUGUACGUUGACAAUAAAUGAUAAUCUGAGCAGAAAG